AUGGGCCGUCCUCUCCAAACAUACGACGACAUCGCCAUCGCCGAACUCGCAUUCUACGUGUUCGCACUAGGAGGAGGCAUCUUCCUCUGCGUCAAGCAUGGCUUCACCAAAAACGCCGGCUUUCGAUCCCUCGUGCUCCUCUCUCUCGCUCGAAUCAUCGGCGCCUCCUUUCGCCUGGCAACCAUUUCAUCGCCCGACAACAUCGAUCUUUACAUUGGGUGGAUGACGCUCAACGGCAUUGGUCUUGCGCCUCUGAUUGGGCUUGCCAUUGGUCUCUUGUCUCGCGUUUUCGAGUCAAUCCAGCAGCGAAAGGGGAGCGUCAUCAUCAGGCCUCAGUACCAGAGAUUUGUUGAACUCCUCAUGCUGCUUGCCAUUAUCCUCCUGAUUGUCGGCGGUACGCAAUCCAACUUCACAAUCACCGACGGCAAGCCAAAGGUGGACUAUUCCACCAUCAGCCACGCCGCCGAGGGAAUCUUGAUUGCCAUCGCGGGUCUCCUGGCCCUUGCCAUUGUCAUUGCCAUCUUGAACCACAAAUAUGUCGGUGUGGGCGAACAUCGCAUCAUCUUCACCGUGGCUGUUUGCUUCCCAUUCAUUCUCGUUCGCCUCAUCUACUCCUGCCUCCUCAUCUAUGGCGGUAUCACUUCCACUGCCUGGCUCUAUCUGGGUCUGUCGUCUCUUAUGGAGAUGAUUGUCACGCUGUUCUCGGAAGUUCUUGGGUUCAGCUUGGACAAAAAGGGGCCGCAGCCAGUUCCUAGAAACGACGAAGAGGGGCAAGCUUUUAGCAGUAAGUAG